AUGACCACCGUCGGAUCACCGUGACUCCAUCAGAGUCAGUCCGCGGAUCAGCGAGUGCGAAGCGGGCGGUCGAAGCCAGCGGCUCGGAUCAGGACACCCGAGGAGGAGGCGCAGCGGUUCGGGAUUAAAAAAACCAGCGAUGAGCACCGACAGCAUCGAGCAGAACUAAAACCCGAUCUGUCACAGCACAAAACCGCGUCGAGGAUGAACGGAACCGCAGCCGGAUCGGCGUCUUGCCGCUUCGCCCACUAUUUUGUUGUGUGUGGAGUGGACACGGAGACGGGCCUGGAGCCGGACGAUGGAGCAGGUGAGGGCUUCGAGCAGAGCCCCAUCCGACGUUCCUUCAAGUCAAAGGUUCUGGUGCACUACCCUGAAAACACAGACAGGAACCCCUUCAACAAAGAUGCUGUCAACAUGCUCUGCAUGCCAAGAGGCCUGUCCUUCCGCACCCAAGCGGACGGACUCGACCCCCAGUUUCACUCAUUCACGAUCGCUUUCGACGACGGUACGCGCUCCUACGGCUUUGUUCACACCUUCUACGAGGAGGUGACCAGUCCUCAGAUUAUCACUGCCAUGCAGACGCUCUAUCAGAUGCACCACGUGGAGCACCACUCGUCUUCGUCGGCCUCCUCUCCCUCCUCCUCAUCCUCCUCCUCCUCCGCCUCCUCGCCUUCCACCUCCAGUAUGGACUCGCUUGCGAGCAGCUUGGAUGAGUCAGACGCCGAGUCUCUGGCCGGGGUUUCCGGCUGCCUCGGCUGCGCGGGCUCCUUCGAUCCGGCACGUGACACCCUGUAUGUGUCCAAAGCGCUCUGCCUGGUCACGCCGCUCCCUUUCCUGCAGGCUUCACGACAGUUUCUGGCUCAGCUGCACCAGGCGGUGACGUCGCAGACGGCCCCACCCCUCCCUCUGGAGAGCUACAUCCAUAACAUCCUGUACGAGGUGCCCUUGCCUCCGCCCGGAAGGUCGCUGAGGUUCCACGGGGUGCAGGGGCCCAUCGUGUGCCAGAGGCCCGGGCCGGGUGAGCUUCCGCUGGGGGAGUAUCUUCUUGGAGAGGCGUUCUCCCUGCUGGGUGUGGACAAUAUGGUUAAACUGCUUACCUGUGCGCUUCUGGAGACACAAGUCCUGCUCUACUCCCAAGACUACCAGCGUUUGAUGACGGUGGCAGAGGGCAUCACCACCCUGCUGUUCCCAUUCCAGUGGCAGCACAUCUACCUGCCCAUCGUUUCUACGCCGCUACAUCACCUUCUGGACGCUCCCGUGCCGUUCCUGAUGGGCAUCCAGCGCCGAGACGGAGCCCAGCGAUCCUCCCUCCACCUGCCACACGAGGCCAACCUGUGUUUCGUGGACAUCGACAACCACUGUGUGGAAGCCCCCGAGGACCUUCCGUUGUUUCCAGAUCAGACCGAGCUAAUCCAGGAGCUGAGUGAGGUGCUGUUGCAUUUCGGGCUGCCACCGCAGGGGGGAGUGAUCACUAAACCCACCACCACCACCACUACCACCACCACCUCCUCCUCCUCCUCUUCCUCCCCUCGCCUGAGCAGCCUGGUUCUAGAGGAUCUGAUGGAGGACAGAAGGAACGGGAACCUCGGAGGCGAGGAGCUGGCCGUGCUCGAGAGGCUGCAGGCUCUGGCGAGGAGGUGUGGAGGAGGGAAGAUGUCAGAUGGAGGGAAGACGCUGGGACACGUGUUUGAGGAGGAGGAGGAAGAGCUGAAGGCUGCGAAGCUAAAUAUUCAGCUGAGGGAGGUGUUUGCUGUACGUUUUGCCGCCAUGUUUGGCAGAUACGACGAGUUUGUCAUCCACAGCGCUCUCGAUUUGGACUCUUGGCUGAGCAACCGAGAGGGGACGUUCAGCUUCGAUAAGGGUUCCUUCCUCUCAGUACAGCCAGCAACCCACUUGCACUUCUUGUCCCGGUUCCUGGAGACGUCCAUGUUUUCUUCUUUUGUGGAUGGGAAAGUUAUCGCUCGCUGGGCAGACAGGGAGCCGCUGCAGCAGCUGUUUGACAACCGUCUGGAGCGAGAACGUCUGUAUGAUACAGGCGAAGAAGACUCCCGCAGCUGCCCGUACAGGAAAUGCACCACAUUGUUUGAAUCAGCUCAUGCCGUUGAGCGCAGGCUGCUGAAGACCGACCACACGGCCAUACACCCCCACCUGCUGGACAUGAGGAUCGGUCAGGGUCGGCACCAUCCCGGCUAUUUCCCCAAACUGCAGGCUGAUGUACUGGCACAGGCACAAAACACCAACAAAUGGUCCAGUCGCGUGACGACAUCAUCACGCAGGUCCGAACCCAAGAGAUCGACGGUCACCGAUCACUCAGGAGUGGACAACGAGCUGAGACAGAAACACGCAUAUACGAGGAAGACCCUCCGCCAGUCCAAGCUGCUUGACCCGUCGCCUCAAGCCGUCACUCACACUCACCGGGAGUUUGUGGACGGGCUGCUGAGCGAGUGUCGUCUGAAGACCAAGCGGAUGUUGAUGGAAAGGAUGGGGAAGGAGAGCGUGGAACUGGGUCAGGGAGAGGCCAACAUCACGGGCCUGCAGGAAAACACACUCAUCCACGGUCUGUGUGAUCUGCUGGAGAGAACCUGGGGCCACGGUCUGCAGAUGAAACAGGGGAAGUCUGCUCUUUGGUCCCAUCUGCUUCACUACCAGGCCGCCCAGGGGAAGACUGAGGCACCAGCUGAGUCUCCAGGAUCUAACGGUUCGGAUCAGAGAACGCCCGAAGAUGGCACUUCACCCCUGAGAGGAUCGUUAGUGCAGGACAUGAGGUUUAUCCAGACCAUGAGUGAGGGUCUGUCUGAGGUGGGUCAAGCCCGAGCCUGGAUCCAUCUGGCUCUGGAGAAGAAGAUGCUCUCACAACACCUCAAAGAGCUGCUUACAAACCAGGAGCUGCUCAGGCAGCUGUAUAAACCUCUUGCAUUCCUGCUCUGUGAGGAAGAAAGGGAGCAGUUUUUGUUCCACCUGCUCUCUCUCAACACUGUGGACUACCUCUGUUUUACACGCGUCUUCACCUCCAUCUGUAUUCCAUAUCGUGUCGUCAUAAUACCCAUGAAGAAGCUGAGCAUCGCGAUGGCAACAGUUAAUCCCUGGGUGUGUGUGUCAGGAGAACUGGGUGAUUCAGGAGUUAGACAGAUCCCAAAGAAUACACAAGAAAUCUUUUUCCAGUGCAAGAACCUGGGCAGGCUGAGCACUCUGCAGCUCGGACAGGAGAACUCGGGCCUGCUGGCCAAGUGUCUGAUUGACUGUGUGAUGGUGUACAACGAGAUCACCGGACACACCUACAAGUUUCCGUGCGGCCGAUGGCUGGGGAAAGGCGUGGGCGACGGCAGCUUGGAAAGAGUCCUCAUUGGUCAGCUGGUGUCACCUGGUGCGGAGGAGGAUGCUGGAAGGUGGACAGGGACGCCUCCGGAGCUGGCCUCUCCUUCUCAGAGUGUUCGGACGGUGCUGGGAUCGCUUGGCAGCCGGAGCAGAAUGCUGUCAGUGGAAGUGCAGGAGGACAUGAGGGAGGCGGCGAAUAACCUUGUGAAGCAUUUCCACAAACCUGAACAAGAGAGGGGAAACCUGACGGUGUUGUUGUGCGGUGAAGGAGGGCUGGUGCUUUCGCUGGAGAAGUUCCUCCUCCAUGGCUUCAAGUCCAACCGUCUCUUCCAGAGGAAUGUGUUUGUUUGGGACUUUGUGGAGAAGGCUGUCGUUUCCAUGGAGACGGCCGAUCAGAUGGGCGACCUGCACGGAUCAACGCUGACCAGAGGUCCGCCCUGCGACUCACUGUGCCACUACGUCAACGCCAUCAACGCCUCGCCCCGAAACAUCGGAAAGGAGGGCAAAUUCCAGCUGUUCGUCUGCCUGGGAAUCAGGGACCGGCUUCUCUCCCAGUGGCUCCCCCUGCUGGCCGAGUGUCCCCUGACCGCCCGGACGUACGAGGACGGCGCUCUGCUGAGGGACCGCGCCGCCGUCCACUCCCUGUCUCGCAUCCUGCACACGCUAAACGAGUUCAGCGUCACCCUGGAGACGGCGCUGGUUAAAGGGGUCGACCUCUGACCCUGAGACCGGGCUCUGGUCUGUAACCCACGCUGCUGGGUUGUUCAUCUUUCCAUCCGGACGGGGGGAAAAAAACGGAGGUACUUUGAGACACUUGACUUUAUCAUUAAAACCAGCCAGCGGACCGGAUGAAGUCACUGGCAACUCAAGCACCAAACAUAUUGCCUUGUUCACUGAUGUAAAUGUCUUAUACACUGUAUUUGCUUCAGGAAAUAGUCCUCUGCUUGUUUACACUGUGAAAUUCUGUUUCCUCGAAGAGAAAGAGAGUCAUCGAUAACACUCACAUCCACCGUAGAUAUUUUCCCCGCUCACGUCAUUUACUGUACCUGACCCUGGGGGGGGCAACUAUAACUGCUCCUCCUACUGCUGUAUUGCUUGCACUUGAAUUUUAAACUAAGCACAUGCAUGGCCAGAAUCUGUUUGUUUGUUUGUUCUCCGUCUUCUGGUGUUGUGAUCUGAGAUGUCAGGACUCAGGCCUUAUUAUUAUUAUUCUUAUGAUUAUUGUCAUUUUUCUUGACUUCAUUUAUUGAAUAUCUUAGUAAAUAUACUCAAGAAAAAUAAUGCUCCCUCUCUAUAAUGUUAAAACUGUUCUAUUAUUAUGCUCUUGUUCUACUGUGUGAUGUCUGGCCUGUUUCUCAUUGUUUAUUUCAGUUUGGGGUCACAUGCGAGUUGUGCUCAUGAAAAAAAAAAACAAAAAAAACUCCUCAGUUGGUGAAACACUGGAUCCGAACUGGUGUCCUAGUUGUGUCAGUUCAAAUAGUGUUUGUCAUUUUGUCAGAAGGCUUUUAUCCCCCUCCUCUCUCUCAUUGUAAAUAUUUUUGCUUCGUCAGAUCUUUGAUAGACUCGAUCCAUCCCGUUUGAAUCGUUUCCCCAUCGGUUCUUACAGUGUAAUGAAUUUGUGGCAUACUUUUUUUUCUGUAUAAAGGCAUCUUGUUUGUGUCCGUGUGCGACCGAUAGACUCCACGUUUUCUCAUGUGGAUACGAGUCAUGCUGUUUUGUUUCUAAAAAAAAAUCAGACAGUGAAUAGAGCACAGGUCGGUAAAAAAAACGCUAGGUAUUAUGUUGAUGUCACGUUUGAUUUAACAGCUGAAGAAUUAUGAAAAUGCUGCCUCCUGCACUAUCCUGCAAGCACUAUGUAACCCACGAUGACCAAGCCUCUAUUACCGUUUAAAUACAGAUUAGAGAAAGCAAUAAUGAACUGUUAUUUAUGACGUGUGCUGUUGAAGAAUAAAGUUAAUAUUGAAAUAA